AUGUCACCUCUUUCAAUCCACUUCAUUGCCGAUUUAUCAGCAGAAGCUAAUGGUCUUGACUGCAAAAUGUACCCUCUUAGCAGAGACAAACACCACCAUUUAGAUGAAUUUUUAGAUGAGAACCUAAAGAGUGGAUACAUCCAGGUAUCCAAGUCACCUUACACUUCACCAUUCUUCUAA